CUCACACUCCCACACUUCAAGGAGGAGGAGAAGAAGAGGCCAAGCAAAGCAAAUCAGCCAACCACUUGAGCUUCUCCCUCCACUGAGCUCCAGAUCCACUCGCCCUCGGCAAUGGCGCAUCCGCAUCGGCUCGUCGCGGUGCUCGCGCUGAUCCUCCUCGCCUCGCCGGCGGCAAUGCGCGCGGCGGAGGCGGCGUGCGCCGGCGAGAAGUUCCCGGCGGGGAGGGCGUACGCGGCGUGCGAGGACCUGCCGAGCCUCGGCGCGGCGCUGCACUACACGUACGACGCGUCCAAGUCGUCCCUGUCGGUGGCGUUCGUGGCGGCGCCGGCGGGCGCCGGCGGGUGGGUGGCGUGGGGGCUGAACCCCACCGGCGAGGGGAUGGCCGGGACGCAGGCGCUCGUGGCGCUCAAGGGCGGCUCGUCCUCGUCGGCGCCCGCCGUGAAGACAUACAACAUCACCGGCUACGUCGCGCUCGGCGGCGCCUCGACGCCCAUCGCGUUCCCGGCCACCGACCUCGCCGCCGACGAGGGCAGCGGCGGCAAGAUCCGCCUCUACGGCAAGCUGCAGCUCCACAAGGGGAUGAAGUCCGUGAACCAGGUGUGGCAGGUCGGCUCCUCCGUCACCGGCGGCGCGCCCGACAAGCACGCGUUCGGCCCGGCCAACCUCGCCUCCAAGGCCAAGCUCGUCCUCGCCGGCAGCAAGGCCGCCACGGCGACCUCCCCGGCGUCCGAGCCGGCGCCCGCGCCCGUCGCCGGUGGCCCCGCCCCCUCUUCCGGCAGCGACAGCGGCGCGUCGUCCUCCGUCGCGCCGACCGCCGGCAAGAACGCGGCGACCACCGCCGCCGCCGUGUCGGCGCCGGCGCUCGCCGUGGCGGCGUUGGUGGGUUUCUUGGCGAUUGUAUGAUAAAGAUUAUUGACAGCUACGUUCCUACGUCCUAGUACCAUGAUUAGUGGUGUUCAUUGAUGUUUGCAUGAUGAAUCAUUUCUUGAACAAUUAUUUCCCUACUGUUCUUGUUUCCUUUCCUCUUUUUUUUUUCAUUUUCUCUUGCUUUUUUUUUGUUAUAAUUAGUUUUUCUUUGAUUUUUCCAUUUGCAAUAAAAAAAUGGUUGGUGCACAGCACUUGUUGUUAAUUCGGCACUAGAUUAGUACAGUGAUUUUACUAUUGUUGUACAUGCCAUUGAUCUGGUGGUAAUUUGGGGUUAUUUAAUUUCGGAUCUCCGGAUCAGUGUGGUACAGUGUUUUAACAUCCUGUGCGUUGGCAGGGAAGAGUGUGCACUGUGCAGUUGCGUUAUCUGGAUUUGAUUAUGUAUUUGCGAUAUAAUUAUGUGUUGCCGGGGGGUAAUUACCCAUGAA